AUGGUGGCUUUGAAGAGGAGACUCGAUAUCAUGGAAUGUCCUCCUCUUGGUGAUCCACCGGUGAGUCCAGUUCACGUGCAAUCCAAGGAGGUCAGGACCACCACCAGUGAUGCGUUCGUCGUAGGAGGUGGCCGUGAAGAUGAAAGAACUUAUUACCUGUUUGAUAUAUGGGUUCCAUUUGUCGAACCGCUAGAGCCAAGCCCUCAGAUCCAGCAGCCAAUUUGGAGGGAAAUGGUAUCUAACAACACAAUUCCGUGCACUAUAAGUUUUCUUUCGUACAAAGGAAAUUAUUUUCCAUACGUAGGAAGCAGUAGCAAUGGAAACCUCACUCUGGAGCCGGUGCGUCCACCUACCUGUGGUUUGGUUGGGCCACUCUCUCAGCCAUUGCAGAAUCAGCAUGGCAUGAGCAGUGAUCCAAUAACAGAUGUGAGUCAACCAAGGGAAGACCCUUUUGAUCUCAUGAACCGCGAGCUUGGAGUGAGAGGGGAAGGAAGCAGCAGCAACAACACCAUGACCACCAGUGAUGGUCUUCGUCAAGAGACACCACCACCACCACCAACAACACCAUGA